UAUUCUAAUCACAUUAGGUAAUUUUGUAGCAUUUGUUUGAGGAAAGAACGGAGAAUAAAUUUCUUACAUUAAUAAUUGAUUUUAUGGUUAGAUUAAUGAAAGUUAUAUUUUAUACUUAGAUGGACCAACUUGUUUUUUCUAAGGAUUCUAAGAAUCAUUUCCGUAAUGACAAGUGCCAUGCCUCAAAUGUUGUAAUGCUUCUCUUUUAAUAUAUAAGGGAUGUUUAGUGAUUUUUCAGAAAAAUUAUUUUUUUCAAUCAUAGAAUGAUAUGAAACGAAAUGAUGCUCUUUUUUCCAUUUUAACUGGUGAAUAUUACGAGAAAUGUACAAAAUUAUGCAUUCGUUAAACUUUUAUUUAGUAAAAUACUAAAAUGUAUUCCACCAAUAUUAGAAAGAUGAUGCUUUAUGGAUGGAUUUUGAAAAGACAAUUUUAAAUAUUUUUUGCGACAAAUUAUUUUCAAUCGGUGAAAAUGGUUUCACAACCAAAAGAAUAGUAUUCAGCAUGUUCAUGAUUAACGCAUAUAUCCCAUACUCAAAAUACAAAGACGGACAAUAUUGCAUGCGGUGCUCGUAAUCAACAGUCUUAUUUGUUCACGUUGCUAUGGAAUCUCCAGUUUGGUUAGUAAAAUAUUAAAUGAGUUCACAUAUAACAAGCAUAUGUAAAUGAAGUAUGGGAUAUUUCGCUUGUAUAUGAUUUUUGAGACUACAUUGUAUCGCUAUCAUGGUGGACCACUAAUUGUCAAAAACAUAUACCUGAGUUAAGUACAUCAAUGAAAUAACUGAUGAUAUAGGUUCAAACGCAAACUCAUUCCAAAACGUGAAAUAAACAUGUGAAAUCACAUCGUAAACUGAACAAAUAAGUAACCAUAUAUACCUAACGAUUUCCAUAAAUUUUCUAGGUAACACAUAAUCGUGGUCCAUUGGCUUACUCUCUUAUACUGAUCGGACUGCACGUGAAAUAUGAGCGGAUUUACUCCACAAAAUAGCCAACGUUUUGCAUGAGUUGAUUUAUAGGCUAAUUUAAUUACUUUAAAUUUUUAUAAAUAUUAUAAAAUAUUAAAUUAUUAAGGUAAUUUUUAUGUUUCUACUUUCACUCUUAAAAACCUCUCUAAACUAUCGCUCAUUUAGUAAGUUGUGUUUUCGUAUAUGAUUUUUUAUAUCGAUGUGAAUAUUAUUUUGGAAAUAAAGAGGUUUGGAUGGGCAGCUAAGCUAUUCAAAGUACGUAUUUCCCCACCAAGGAGAUUCAUCAUUAAACCUCUUUCUCGCCAUAUCUGGUAAUUCAUUUUUCUAUACAUUUAUACAUGACAAAAUGGUUUGAGAUAGACAUUAGACAUACAAGCUUUGAUCCGUUUUCACAUCUCUAAAUGAUAGUGUAAAAGCCCAACAAAAUCGAAUAUCUUAAGAUGUAUAAGCGGUGGUUCAUUCGCACCACAUGGAUGUAAAUAGCCAAGAUCUGAAAAGAAUAUAUUAAAUCUGACUAAUCGUUCAACAUUUCAUAAAAGUUUCCACUUUUGAUGUCAAAAAAAAAAGUUUCCACUUAAGGAGGCCAGAAAACACUAUAUAACAACAAUUGAUUCCCCAUAUUAACGUUAAUCCUAUAAUUUUCCUUUAAAAUAUUAAGGGACCUGUUUUUUUUAUGGGUCCAAUUUGGGUCUGAAACCAAUUUUCUUAGAAGGCGACGUCGUAGCUGUGGUAAUUGGUUUAUUCACACAUCAAGUUGUCAAUGUAUUAUUUCUCAUAUUGUUCACAUCAAAGGCAUUUUUAAAUAAUACAAUCCAAUAAUUUCUUAUUAGACACUUCAAUUAAUUUGGAGACGAUAUUUUUUUUUCUUCAUUUGUUUACUUCUCUAUUUAUUGCCAUGUGAGAUACUUCUCUUACCCAUCUCCAACUUCAACCCCAAUAAAUACAAUCCUCGCUUAAGAGCAUCUCCAAUGUAAAACUUCAUUUUUUCCUCCAAAAUAGAGUAAAAAUGAAAAUGAAGUAAAAUUGCUCCAACCCUACUCUAUUUACCACUCUAUUAACAAACAAAAAAAUAGAUUACUCUAUUUAUGGAGUAAAUUUCAUUAUGAAAUGAGAUAUGAAGUUGGGUUGAAGCAUUCAUUACUCCUUAUUCACUUUUACUCCAUUUUAGAGGAAAAAAUGAAGUGGGGAUGGAGACGACCUCGUUCUUCCUUUUGUGUUUCUUUAGAUUCUUGAAAAUAACUUAACGGCAUCAAGAAACGGGCGUUACUGUCGACUGUGACAAAAUGCCUUGUCUUUACAUUACUACAAACGUGAAUAUGGAGGGCGUUGACACCGAUCCGUUCUACUUGGAAGUCACGAAAGCCGUCGCUUCCAUCGUCGGACGGCCUCAGAAUUUGGUGAUGGUGGUGCUGAAGGGAUCAAUAGAGAUAGUGUUCGGUGGGAACAAAGAAGCAGCUGCAUAUGCAGAGAUUGUGUCUAUGGGAGGCAUCACUAAACAAGUUAAGAGACAGCUUAUCGCAACCGUUGGUUCUAUUCUACACUCUCAUUUUUCUAUUAGACUAAUUUCCCUUUCUAUUAAUCCUACUCAUUUUAUCUUAAAAGUUUUUGAUAUGCAAGCUUUGCCUCUUCCUUCUAAGCUAUAGUUUUAUUAUCUGUUUAUUGGUCAUCAAACAAAAAAAUUAAAUCAUUGGUUGGUAUUA